AUGAGUAAAAGAGGAGCUGCUAAUCAACUUACAAGAGAAAACUUUAAUAAUAAUAGUGAUGAUGAGUCUAAUGGUCCAAAUAAUAACAUUUUUGCUUCAGCUGAAGUAAUGAAUAAGAGAAAAAUUGCUAUGCCAAAAAGAAAAAUGACAUUUUCUAAUAAAUUUAACAACCCUGCCUUAAAAGCUGAAACAUCCUUUGCAAAUGCUUUCAAAUCAACAACGACGUCCACAACAACAAAUACCAACAACAGUGAUGAUAAACCAGCAAAACUAAAGGCAUUGAAUGAGCAGUUCAAAUCAAAAAUUCUUGAUGUACUUUCUUCUGAUCCAUGUUCCAAUUUAUCAUCUUUAUUUUCCAAAUAUACCCAAUAUUUAAAUGAUAUUAAUAAUGAACCAACCAUCAAGACUAAAGAGCCAAUGACUAGCAUCACUUCCUCUUUCGGUUCUAUUCCACAAAAGCAAUCAGAGGUAACUAAAACUACUCAGCCAAAAGUACCAUCUUCUGGAUUUACUUUCACUUUAAGCAAACCUGCCCCUGAAAUUAAUUCUACCACAACAAAGAAUGAUGAACCUUUAAAUAAUAAAAAAGAAUCUCCAUCUCCUGCCUCAUCCUCAUCCUCAUCCGAUAGCGAAAAUGAAGAAAUUAAGAUUGAGGGUCCUAAAUUCACAAUAAAUACGAAACCUAUUACAGAAGAUUCUGUGUUUUCAUUUGGUCCUAAAAAGGCUAAUACCAAGAAUGAUAGCGAUUCUGAAGACGACAUUAAAAUCAAAGGUCCUCAAUUUACUUUCUCUGGUACUAUUAAAAGUGAUGUAUUUAAGUUGAAACCAAAAGAAACCGAUAAAGAAUCAGAGUCAAAUUCAACUGAUAAAGAGACCAAAACUGAUAAAGGAGAAACUAAACCAUUUUCAUUUUCCUUUAGUAACAAAACAACAGAUAGUGAACAAAAAUCCGAAGAUAAAAAUAAACCGGUAUUUACUGUUGGUCAAAACUUAACAUCUGCAACAUCUACAACAGCUACAACAGCAACCACAGCCACUACUACUAAUUCAACCAACCUAGAAACAUCUAGUAAUGAGGUUAAAGAUGGUAGAGACGAAACAAAAGAGAAAACUUCAAAACCAAGCUUUUCAUUUUCUAUACCAACAAAGUCUAAGGAAGAUAAUAUAAAUACACAGAAAGCUACUACAGCUUUCAAUUUCUUAUCCAAACAAGAUCAAAAAUUGGAAAAUGCUGAGACAACAAAAGAUGAAGUAAAAAAACCAUCCUUUUCCUUUAACUCUAUUGGAUCCACUUCAAGUACUGCACCAAAUUCAUCCGCCUCAUUCAGUGCUUUUGAUUCAAAAUUAAACAACACAACCACAAAAGAGGAUGAAAUAUCUGCACUAAUAAGUACUAAGACAGAUGAGAAAAAGCCUUCCUUCACUUUUAAUCAAUCAAUUUCAACUACUAAACCAACGUUUUCCUUUGGCACUAAUGAUAAAACUACCGACUCUAGCAAAUUAUCUUUUACAUUUGGCCAAUCUUCCACUACUUCUUCUACAGAAAAUAAAGAAGAUGACCAAAAACCAUCCUUUACUUUUGAUCAAUCUUCAAUCACUUCAAAUUCAAAAAAUGAUGCAUCUACUGAUUCAAAACCUUCCUUCACUUUUGGUAUUCCAACAUCUAACCAAAAGUCAGAAACCAAACCAACUUUCACUUUUGGAAAUUCAACUACUUCUUUUAAUACCCCAACCAUCACUACUGACCAAAAUACAAAAAAUAAACCAACUUUCACUUUCGGUAUUAAUAGCUCUUCUACUCCAGCUCCAUCUUUCAACUUUAGUAAAACAUCCACUGGUUUAACAAAUCAUGCUACUACCCUAUCUGGUGGUUUCAAAUUUAAUCUACCUUUUGAGCAAAAAACUACACCUUUCACAACACAGCCUACUGAAAAAAAAGAAACAGAUAAAAUUGAGUCAGGUGCUACUGAGCAAAGCACUGUUGAAAAGGAACAAGGCCAGAAUGAUACUACCACCGAACAAGAAUCUUCUACUCCAAUAAAGCUUCAGAAUGGAGAAGAAGAUGAAAUAAAUUUAUUUUCGCAAAGAGUCAAAUUGAUGAUUUUUAAUACUGAGACUAAAUCGUAUGACUCUCGUGGUGUUGGAGAAAUGAAGUUGCUGCAAAACAAAGAAGAUAAAUCAAAGGUUAGAUUAUUAUGUAGAUCUGAUGGUAUGGGUAAUAUUUUAUUGAAUACGUCAAUUGUGAAAUCUUUCAAUUAUACACCAUUAACUGAAGAUAAUGAAAAUUUGGUGAAGACUCCUACCGUUGGAACUGAUGGUAAAUUAACUACUUAUAUUGUUAAAUUCAAACAAAAGGCGGAUGGACGUUCAUUUAUCAAAUCUAUUGAAGAUGCAAAAAAGGGUAUGUAA